GCGUCUGUGGAAACUUAGCCUAUUCAAGCGGAUGGGAAUCCCUGGUCCUGAGCCGCACUUGAUUACCGGAAACUUCGACCAAUUGUGGAAUCACGACACAGUGAGAGUCAUGGAUGAAUGGUCGAAGAAAUACGGCGACAUGUACGGGAUCUACAACGGCGACGCGCCCUUUCUGAUGGUGAAGGACCUGGAACUAAUUCGGCGCGUCUUCAUCACAGACUUCGCUCUCUUCACGAAUCGUGGGGAGGUAUGGGCCACGAUGAAUGGGAACCAGUACGUGCGGCAUGCCAUGUCCUUCGCCGUAGGCGAUCGAUGGAGAUUUUCCAGGCGAUCUGUGUCUGCGGCAUUCACGGCAUCCAAGAUGCGACUGAUGAUGUAUGGGAUGACCAAGGCCGUGGAUCGCUUCCUAAAUCUGCUUGAAGCACGUUGCCUGAAGGCGCCUGAUGGAGAAGCCAACAUCUACCCGCUCAUUGGCUCUCUCACUUUUGACGUGGUGGCCGAGACGGCGUGCGGUCUCUACCUCGACGUGCAACACAAGCCCAACGACCAGUACUUCGACUCGGCGAGGUCCUUUAUGCUCAACAUCGUUGAAAGCGCUUACCAGAGAAUCGGCCAGUUCUUUUCUGAGGUCAAAAGCAUCUUGGCCAUGACGUGCAUGCUGGAGCUGCAGUUCGGCUGCGAACCACUUACGGCCUUGUCACGGAAGUCAGAACCCAUCGUUGUACUCAGGGAGAAGGAUCAAAGCCUGGCGCGUCCAGAUGUAAUCCAGAGUCUGUUGGACGCUAAGGUCCCCAAGGAGCUCCUCAGAUGGCGCGAGUUUCGCGAGCGUACCGACGACCAAGGCGAGUAA